UUUCAACAUCUCUCUCCAUUAAAUAUUCCCAUUUUUACAAUCUUUUCUCCCUCCAAGCUUCUUCUCCUGCUCCUCGACUCUUCUUCCUUUUUUUUGUAUCAAAUGCAAGAGCUACAGUAUAUCGGACGAAGGGGAGAGCUGGGUGAUGUUGUCGACGGCGGUGACGUUGUCGACGGCGGGUCUACGCUGGUUGCCGACGGUGGGUCUACACCGGUUUCCGACGGCGGGCCUACGUUGGUUGCUAUUUCGGAUGCAACCUCAAGGGAAGACAACGACGAAGGCAAACCAAGAAGAUUUGAAUAACUUGAGCGGCAAAUCUUCUUUUCUUGAUUUUGUUUUUUUCAUUUUUGAUGUAUUUUCGAAAUAUAAAGGGUUGUCUGUCAGACAGACAACUUGUAAGUGCAGUGUCUGUAAGAGCCAUGAAAUUGUCUGUCAGUUGAAAAAUAAAUGUCUGUAAUUGAUAUUUAAUUGUUUGUCAUUUGUUUGUUAGUUGUCUGUAUUUGUUUUGAGUUGUGAAAUUGUCUGUAACUCAUACUUGUUUGUCAUUUCAUUGUGAGUUGUAUGUAAUUUGUGGUGAAAAUAAUGUCUGUCUCGUUAUCUCUAUUGUCUGUGUAGUCAUACGUAUUGUCUGUCUUCUUUAUGAAACAUAUUCCAAAAUGGUAAUUCACAAUAAAGUAAUGUCUGUAUGUGUAUACUUAUUGUCUGGAUGUGUAUAUUUAAUGUCUGCAUCGUUAUACUAAUUACAUCUCAAAAAAUAAACAUCACAAAAUACAGACAACUCACAAUCAAAUACCUACAACUCAAAACAAAUACAGACAACUCAAAACAAAUACAGAUAAUUAACCAUCAAUUACAGACAGACAGACAACUUCAUGACUCUUACAGACUACUCACAACAACAUGACAGACAACUCGAAACAAAUAAAGACAACUCAAAACAAAUACAGACAACUAACGAUCAAAUGACAGACAACUUCACGAGUCUUACUAACAAAUACAGACACUGCACUUACAAUUGUCUGUCAGACAGACAACCCUUUUUUUCGAAAACACACCAAAAAAUCAAGAAAAAAUCAUGAAAAGUAGAUCUUCUCAAGUCAUUCAAAGCUUCUGGGUCUGCACUUUCGUCGUUGUCUCCCCAUUUCAAGCUAUCCAACGUCACCCAGCUCUCCCCUUCGUCCGAUCUACUGUAGCUCUUGCAUUUGAUAAGAAAAAAGGAAGAAGAGGCGAGAAGCAGGAGAAGAAGCUUGGAGGGAGAAAAGAUUGUAAAAAUGGGAAGAUUUAAUGGAGAGAGAUGUUGAAAUGGGGAAGAAAUCAAGAUGUGGAGAAAAGAGAAAGAAAGGGGAGAAGAUGGGGGACGAGGGGCUGCG